GCUUCUUCCUGGAGAUCAAAUCCACCAAGAAAGAGAUUUUUGAACUUAUGCAGACUGACUUGGAGAUGGUGACAGAGGACCUAGCUCAGAAAGUCAACCGUCCUUACCUCCGAACUCCCCGUCAUAAGAUCAUCAGAGCGGCCUGUUUGGUGCAGCAGAAGAGACAGGAGUUCCUGGCCUCCGUCGCCCGGGGGGUGGCCCCCAGCGACUCCCCAGAGGCCCCUAGACGCAGUUUUGGAGGUGGCACAUGGGACUGGGAGUAUUUGGGCUUUGCAUCUCCUGAGGUAUGUGUCUACCUGGUGUUACUAUAG